AUGAAGAACGUCUUCGUCACCGCUAUCGCCAUCAAUGGUCUGCUUUCGGGUGCCUCUGCGCAGCUCUUGGGCUUGGAUCUGGAUAUUGAAGGUCUUCUGAAGAGCCUUGGGCCAGCGCCCGCCAAUGACCCACGAUUCACCACGUGGACCGCACCUGGUCCUCACGAUGUCCGGAGUCCCUGCCCUGGUUUAAACACGCUUGCCAACCAUGGAUUCAUCAACCACAGCGGCAAAAACCUAACCCUGCCGCACCUGCUCAAAGGUCUGGCUGCGGGCCUCAAUAUUGGAGCAGAUUUCACUACGGUCAUCGGCGCUGUAGGUUUGUUGUCUUCACCGAACCCGCUCGGUGGGCAGUUCGACCUCAACCAUUUGGACCAACACAAUUUUCCGAUCGAGCACGAUGGAAGCCUCUCCCGGGCUGACGCCUACUUUGGGAACGACUAUUCAUUCAACCAGACCUACUUUGAUCAAUUUCUGUCAAAAUUCCACGGACUCCCUGCUACCACCACCCUGACAGCAUCCGAAGCUCGUUAUGCUCGGGUCAAUGACAGCUUGAAGCACAACCCCGAGGCAGUGUACGGCCUGCGAGAAUUUGUCCUGAGCUCCGGCGAAACCGGACUCUACGUCCAAUCUUUGUCUUCCCCAUCCAAGGCUUCGGCUCCCAUCUCCUACAUCAAGAGUCUCUUCGUGGAUGAGAAGUUGCCAUUUGCGCUCGGAUGGCGACCCAGCCCGGAACCGAUUACUUUAUUAUCUCUGGGCAAUUACAUUCUGGAACUCUAUGCAGCGAAUCCUGAUAAGGUCGCUGAGGGUGUUUGUGAGUUUUCGUAUCGCCCAAGCCAUACAAUCGCCUCGCGAUCACUAACACAUUCCAUCAGCCCUCGUUACCGACAGCUAUCUAAAUCUUUUCGAGGUCACCGUCGGCGGCACUGA